UUAUCUUAAUCAAUAAUGUUUUUGUUUUUCUUCAAUUGCAGAUAUGUCAAUGAUGCAAGGCCUUUCUGGCAAUAUAUAGUCAGUUACUCCACUGGCUGUUCAGAUUCCCAGUACUUUGAAGAACUUUACAACUACUAUAGCACUAACAAGGCUUGGCACCUCUGUGAUCCUGAUGCUGAGAAUGUAUUUAAAGCUCUUAGGAAAGCAGGCGUGAAGUUGGGUGUUGUGUCAAAUUUUGACGAUCGGUUAAGACCUUUAAUGCGAUCUCUAAACUGUGACCAUUGGUUUGAUGCUGUGGCAGUUUCAGCUGAAGUUGAAGCAGAGAAGCCAAAUCCAACAAUAUUUCUAAAAGCUUGUGAUUUAUUGGGAGUAAAGCCCGAGGAUGCUGUACAUGUAGGGGAUGACCGUAGGAAUGAUAUAUGGGGUGCUACAGAUGCAGGCUGUGAUGCUUGGCUUUGGGGAAGUGAAGUUCACUCUUUUAAGGAGUUGUCAUGAAGCGUCAUACGCUGCUUGAGUCACUACGCUGCUUGAUGAAAAGGCUGAUGAGGUCCUAAAGUGGGAUAUUUUGGAUUGUUGGACGCCAGAAAAUCACUACGGAUGGACUGAAUCUGAGUGUUAAACAUGUUGGGUUUAGACCAUCGGUAAUGAUUUUCUGGAGUCCAACAAUCCAGAAUAUCUCACUUUUGAACCUCAUCAGCCUUUUCAUCAGUUUCCUUGGAUCCUACCAAUCAUGGUGUACCUGAUGCUUAUCCCAUUACUUUCCUUAAAGUAUUUUCGAAGUUCAUGAUUAUUUAUGAAGCAUCUGAUGUGAUGGAAGUAUCUAAAGAAAUUCCAUAUCAUUGCCUGGCUGUGUGCACAGAAUCUGGGAUGUUUGCUCUGUGGGAGAGGAGGGUUGAUGUAACACAAGAAGAUUUUGAGAUGGUAGUGGCAAAGGUUCAUCUUGAACGGAAAUAUGUUGUUGACAUUGAUAAAAAUAUCGAUAUCACCAAGAUAACUCCAUCAACAAGAGUUGCUCUCCGUAAUGACAGUUAUGUGCUUCAUUUAAUCUUGCAAAGCAAAGUUGAUCCAUUGGUUCAUGGCAUUGAAAGUUGAAAAGGUUCCAGAUUCCACAUAUGACAUGAUUGGCGGUCUUGACCAGCAAAUUAAAGAGAUAAAGGAGGUUUGCCUCGUGUACCCUUUUACUUUCUGCAUUUAAACUGGUAGUGGCAAUGGUGACAGUGAAGUGCAGCGGACUAUGCUGGAGCUUCUCAACCAGCUAGAUGGAUUUGAAGCAUCAAAUAAAAUAAAUGUAUCGUGUGUGUUUUCAUUAUGCAGCUUGGGUUGUUUAGUUUUUGGUACUUUUCUUUAUUGUGACCUCAACUAUUUAAACAGAUUCAUCUCUUAUUGUAAGUAUUUGGCAAGCAUGUCAAAAUAGGCUUUCAUUCUUGUAAAGAUUGCCAGUAUUUUAUUCAAUUUAAACAAUCUCAACUCUUUUGGAUGGAUUUGGAUAGAAUGAUAAGUAUAGUCUUGUUAAUUCCA